UUAAUAAGCAAUGCUGUUACAGAGCACACACACACACAUCACUGUCAGAUACAAUUUCCAUGAAUACCUGUUUUGGCAAUUCUUGGACAUAUUGGGUCCAACUUGGCCUAUCCAUGUCGACAACAGAAUCAGUCUUACACAACCUAACCAAAUUUUAUAAAUAGUUUUAGAUCAGCAAACAUUAAAAGCAAUAAACAGAGAUCAGAGUAUCAAUUUUGCUAGUAAAUUACAUGGCAAAAGGAUAUAGAUAUGACACCACCUUGUUCCACCUUGAUGGGAUGAUUAUGAACAGUAGCAAACAUGCCCACCUCCCCAAAAGGCUCUUACAUCCACCUAUCACAUGGUGUUGCUUCCCAUGUGACCUUCAAUUGUGAGGGACCAUGUCUUCCUCUGAAUAUAUAUAUAGUCCAGCUAUUUAGCCUUACUAACCAUCACAGGGUUAGCAUUCACACUCAAAAAUCUCAAGUUCUCCUCCACUUUCUCCCAUAAAUCUUUCCAUUCAUUUUAUAGAGUAGCAAGAUGAUCAGUAACAAGAAACUGCUUAAAUUGUCAAGGAAAUGGCAAAAGCUGGCUGCAAUCAAGCGAAAGAGAAUUACAUUGCCACAAACCAUUGGAAUUACUAAUACUAGCAACUGCAGCACAUCACCAAUGUCUGAAAAGGGCCAUUUUGCUGUGUAUUCAGCAGAUAAAAAAUGUUUCCUUCUUCCAUUAGAAUAUCUUAAAAAUGAAAUCAUCAAACAGCUGCUCAACAUGGCAGAAGAAGAAUUUGGAUUGCAAAACAAGGGGCCUCUCACACUGCCAUGUGACACAGAGCUUAUGGGAUAUGCAUUUGGUUUGAUCAAACAGCAGGCUACUAGAGAUGUUGAGAAUGCUUUCUUGACAUCCAUAUCUAGCUAUUGUUUUUCACUGUCUUUCUGUCUGCAAGAUCAAGUAACUAGCAACCAGUUACCAAUUUGCAGUUUUUGAAGAGUUAUAAUUAGAUUUGUAAAUAACGCACACAAUAGCGUAUUUUCAUACAAUUUAUCAAAAGUCUCAAAAUAUUUUUCAUGCUUA